AUUGAUGGUCACAGACCAUGCAUAAUCACUGAUGGAAAAUAUUCCUUUCAGUUGAGACAUUUACUUGCAUGUGUCCUCAAUUAAAAAUUUAUGGAAAAAUGCUACGUAGGAUGAAUUGAGUGAGGUUAAAGCCCGGAACGGACAUAGUUUCUUGUUUGCGUAGGAUGGUAAUUGGCGAAUCCGUAGUGAAGGAUUUGACAGAAACAUACCGUGAGUAAAAUUACAGAUCAUCUGAAAGAUCAACUGAAAGAAGAUCAGAUAGAAGUAUUUAAAAUUAUUAACGCCAGACAUGUCAGAGUCCAUGAGAAGGACUACCAGGAGGGUUAAAAAGCCACUAUCGAAUAAGGCAGAGAAAACUCCAAGAGACGGGAAAAGGUCUGUUAGUCUGCCACCAAUUACAAUGAAAACGGACAAAACUAUGUGGAAAUCAAAUUCUGUUCCAGGUUGGCAUAAGCGACCUAGGAGUUUAGAACCUGCGGGGGACACCUUUAGAACAGGACGGUCAAAAAGUACCAACGGCAAAACAAAAUUGUUUAAGCCAUGUACCACUACCCAUAAAGACGUCUGGUCCAUCUACAAUGUUAAGCCUAGGCUUCCAACACCAUAUAGACCGGAAAGCUCCGUGUCAAGGACGUCCAGUCGUGCUUCCCGUCCAGGGAGCAGUACCUCCAGAAUCCAAGAAUGGCACAAGGGGUCCGUGACCGCUUAUGACACCAUCAGUCAAAGAAGCAUGCGUGCAGAUAAUAUUGUUAAAAAAUUUGUUUCUAUUACCAAUAAAUUUGACAGAGACGCUGAAAAGGCCAGGAAAGAAAAAGAACGCAAGAGCAGAGAGCAAAGACAAAAGUUUUUGAAGGAUUUAAAGGAGAGGAGAAAAGAUUUUGCCAUGAGGAACUACAAACGUGUUGACCAACAGUUUGUCACGCCAAAAGUUCUAGAAUAUGAAAAGGAUGAAAGAGACGGUUAUGGUCUACCUCAGUAUUUAUUAUUGGACAUCAAGUACCCCACAUCUAAAAAGAAACCAAACUCCACCAAAACUUCAAAAACUCAAACUCCGAGAGUUCAGAAGCACUCGCAGCUUCCCCCAAGUACAUAUUACGGUGUAAAAACGGAGGACAAAUCUACUCGUCAGAAAAACACUUCCACCAAUAACACUCGGUUUGUGAGUCGUCCAAAGAAUUACCAGGAACUUUACAAAAUAUACUGUAUCCCUGGACCUAAUAAACUCAGAGACUGGGCCAAGGAGGAGAACGCUGCUCUGGCAAUAGCCUACAACAGGCGAUCGGGACAUUCGGACAAACUUAGACCUAACCUCAUUCCGCCCCUGAGAACGAAUGGUUACAAGUCCCCGUAUGUUACCAGCAACAAACCAUAUAGAAUGGUGUCAGUUCAUUAAAGGAAACUCCCAGCCUGUGCAUUUCAAAUCCGAUAAAAGAAGCUUCCAUAUGUUUCUUCAUGGAUUCUGGCGACAGUGUGUCCAACGAGUUGCCAGAGUUUGAUGGUAUACUCUGAAUUUUACCGGGAGGGGGGUGCCUAAAGAAUAAUACAUUAACUGUGAUACCGUUAGGAUAUAUCCGGUUCAUGAAAGGACCCAGAAUGUUUUCCCUGCUGGAAGUUUUUAAAAAAUAUUAUUUAAGCCCAUUUUGUUGGGUUUUUUUCUUUUAGGUUUUUUUUUUAUUUUGUUCCUACGGACCCAAUAUAUACUCAGGAAUACCAAUUACAGAUUGUAGUAUUUUGCAGUUUGAAGUACAUAAAGAUAAAGCAAAUAUAAUAUAUAUUUUACCAAACUUGAAGGAAGGGAGAGAGUCGGACCCUUGGUUCCCCUCCAUAUCCGAGCAUAUAUGACAUAGCAUCUACCAAUGGAAUAAAGAUGUUUAAUUGAAAACGAAAAGCCGAAAAAAUCUCUUUAGUGUAAUGAAUAUCGCACAUACGAUUUAUGUUUAAAAGCAUGGUGGUGAUAUCCUGAAAUUGUAUCCAUUAAACCCAACCCCUUGUAAUGUUGGCAUAUUUUUCACAGAGUAAAUUAGAACAAUAUCACAUUGUACAGAAUCGUAAUCUUUGAAACACUGAUUGAAUAUUUCAGCAUUAGCAUAUUAUAUUAUAGAUAAAUUCAAAUUUAAGUUUUUUUUUUAUAUAUGUUAGAAUCCCGUUUUUGUUUUGUUGUUGAGAACAACACAAUGAGAUCCAUUCAAUAACCUCUAAUUAAUCAAGCUGGGUUUUUAUUUUUAUUUUAUAUGUUUGACCCCCAUCCAUUUCUAUCGAGAACUACACACGCACACACACACACACACACACACACAUAUAUAUAUAUCUAUAUAUAUAUAAUAUAUAUAUAUAUAUAUAUAUAUAUAUACGUUUAGAUAAAAGCCUAUGAUUGAUCAUGAUCAUUUUGAUGUUAAUCUUAAACAUUUUAAAAUUAGUCUACUCAUUUCCAAUCAAUAGAUCACAAAAAUGAAAUUAAGAUAAUCCACCAAAGUUCGUAAUCUCAUGUCAAUGAGAUGUGACUUUGCAAGAUAAAACAAGGACGUCUGGGAUUAAUGGGCGGCUUAUUUCAUGUAUUUGUACAGACUCGAAUUUUCUAUGUCCCAAUCUAACUGAUAGGGACGUGCAGCUGAAAUAUGUAGCAUUUAUGUGCUUUGUAAUAUUUUACUACUCACUACUGGUUCUUUUCAUGGUUUCAUGUCGAAUUCCCUUAUCACACAAUUAUACUCAGAUGUAGCACAGUUCCAUAAAUAUCCAUGAACACAAAUGGCAUGCACGGUAUAUAUAGAUAUGGAAUGUCAAACGUUGCAAUAUUUGAACUUUAACAUUUGUAUUGUAUACAUAUAAUUUGUUGAACAGCUCUCUCCUAGAUUUACAUUUCAUUUGCCUUUGAUAAUUUUACAGUUAAUUGUAAACACCAAUACCUCCAGCAUUUUCUGUAUGGUACAUAUCAGUCACUGUGAUUAUCUCCAUUAAAUUCCUUCAUUUCUGUGUUCA